AUGUCUUUGAAAUUCAUAUCCACACCGCGGUGGUUUUCGCACUUCAUCGGUCAAGCCGGCCAUGCGCCCUCAUCGUCUUUUGUCAGAAAGAAUGCCACAUUUUCACAGACACUGUUUACGCCCAAUGUAGUUGCUUCAUUCCCGUCUUGUCGAGCAUUUGCUUCCUCCCCCACUUGGAAGUCCAAUCCACAAUAUCGGAUAUUCUUCCCCCGCCGAUCGGGGUCAACUACUACUUUUACAUACAGCCCCCCCAGCACUCUGCAACGGUCAAUCUUCCGGCGAUUCAACUCAUCGAGGGCAAAUCAAUCGGCACGGCCGGCUGAGUCAGGCUCGCUGUCUCAGCGGCUGAAGAAGCUGUCCAGGGAGUAUGGCUGGGCUGCGCUGGGUGUUUACCUGCUGUUAUCAGCCAUGGAUUUUCCCUUCUGUUUCAUUGCGGUCCGCCAUUUGGGCGCAGAACGAAUAGGCCACUAUGAACAUGUUGUCGUCGAAACAGUCAAAGGCUUAUUCGGAGCAAAGUCUGCACCGGAGGAACAGAGCCAGGAGGUCUCAGCCACCCAGCCUGACCAGCAAACCACAGAAGCUCAGAAGAAGAAUAAUGGCGAUGGACCCAGUUUGUGGACUCAGCUCGCCCUGGCGUAUGCAGUUCACAAGAGUCUCAUCUUCAUUCGCGUACCCCUCACCGCUGCCAUCACCCCCAAAGUCGUCAAGGUCCUAAGAGUAUGGGGGUGGGAUCUCGCGAAGCGGAGGCCAAGGGGCAUGUAA